AUGUCAGCGGAUGAUAAUAUUCCGUUUGUUAUAAAUUUGAAGGAACAACAUGCUACUGAAUUAGAAGUAGUAGGUGGAAAAGGAGCAAAUUUAGCAAUUUUAUUUCAACGAGGAUUUUCUGUUCCCGAUGCAUUCAUUGUCACCACUCACGCAUUUCAAUAUGUACUCAACAAUCAACAAACAAAAGAUGUUCUAUUGAUCAUUGAUACACUCGAUGUUGAGAACAUAAAUCAAUUAGAAAAUGCUAGUAAUACUAUUAAAGCAACCAUUUGUGAUAUAUGUUUACCGAGUGAUAUGAUUGAUUUAAUCAUCAACAAUUAUAAUCAUUUGUGUGAGAAGAAUGCUACGAUGAAUAUGCAUGUUGCUGUAAGAAGUAGUGCAACAGCUGAAGAUUUACCUGAUAAUUCAUUUGCUGGACAACAAGAUACAUAUUUACAUGUCACAAAAGAAAAUUUAAUUGAGAAAGUGAAAGAAUGCUGGGCAUCAUUAUUUACAGCUCGAGCAAUAUCCUAUCGAAAAAAGUCUAAUAUUGAUCAUAAAAUUGUAAAACUUGCUGUUGUUAUUCAACAGAUGAUUUUCAGUGAAGUAUCUGGUGUUGCAUUUACUGCAAAUCCAAUAACAGGACUACGAAAUGAAGUUGUUAUUGAUUCAACAUAUGGAUUAGGUGAAGCUUUAGUAUCGGGUCUUGUUACACCAGAUCAUUAUGAAAUAUUGAUUGAUAGAAAUGAAAAUGUUGAAAUUCGUUUAAAAAAGAUUGGCGAGAAAAGUAUUCGUAUUAUUGGUAAAUCAGAUGGUGGCACUGAAACAUUAGAAACAAUCGAUAAUGAUAAGAAAGUCGAAGCUUUAUCGGAUGAAUAUAUUAUUGAACUUGCUAAAUUAGCUAAACAAGUAGAAAAAAGUUAUAAUAAUCAACCGCUAGAUUUAGAAUGGGGAUUUACGAAUGGUAAACUAUAUAUUUUACAAGCAAGACCAAUAACAACUUUAUUUCCAAUACCAAAACCUGCUCAUGGUCAAUCGGGCUUACGAUGCAUGAUAUCGUUCGGAACGGCUCAAGGAUUUCUCGAACCGAUGACACCACUAGGUCAAAGUGUGAUACGUACUGUACUUUCUAACAUUUUAAGAAAAAUCGGUAUCAAUCGAAAUUGUUCCUUUCAAGAUAACAAGUCUUCAGAUCCGUUACGACAUCAUCUAUUCAAAUCAGCAGCGAACCGUCUUUGGAUUGAUAUUACUGGUGUAUUAACACCACCAGCAUCGAAAUUCUUUGGUUUGUCUAUGAUUGACACAGGAAUCGGGAAAAUUAUAAGUUAUUUAAUGCGUUCCAAGACUUUUCCGUCACGAUCAAUAUUAUCAUCAUUAAAAACAUGUGUAUUUAUGUUUUCAUUUUUCAUUCCUUUGAUUUUAAAAGCAAUACGAAAUUUCUUAUUUCCCCGAUAUGGAAAACAAUUAUUUAUGAAUCAAAUGGAAAAGUAUCAUCAGUUUAUCGAUGAAGGUUUUCAAGAUGAAAAAAAUCAAAGUUUUAUCGGCUAUGUUGAUCACUUUCAAAAUAUUCUGCUCGUGUUGCCGUCAACUAUAGUGAAAUACGCUGUGCCGAGUCUCAUUCCUAGCAUUCUAUCUUUAAGGAUUCUACAAAAAAUAGCAAAAGACCCUAUGGAUGCUCUUGCACUGACGCGUGCUGUUGAAUCUAACCCGACUACAGAAAUGAAUUUGAUGUUAUGGAAAGUAACUGUAUUAAUCAGAGAUGAUCAAACAACGUUAAGCUUAUUUGAAAAUGAAACAAUCUUUAGUUUAGCUGAUAUGUAUAAGCAGAAAUCUUUUAAAUUAGAUAUUCAAUUAGAAAUGGAAGAAUUUUUUCGAACGUACGGUUGUCGUGGUAUUGGAGAAGUUGAUAUGGGUCGUAAACGAUGGUCAGAUGAACCACAGCUCAUUAUGGAUCAAUUUAAAAAUUAUUUAAAAAUUCGUAAUCCUGAUAAAGCGAUUACUACAAUUCAUGAUCGAAGUAAACAAAGUGCGUAUGAAGCAUUUUCAAAGAUUGAAAGUGAAUUAAGGUGGCCACUAAUUCAACGACCGCUGAUCAAUUUACUUUUCUCUCGAUUAAAGAUUCUAUUUUCAUUAAGAGAAUGCCCAAAAUUCAGUGGACUUAUUCAAACAUUUGCUAAAUGUCGUCAAGCACUCUUGAAUAAAGCUCAAGAAGCAGUUAAUGAAAAUUUAAUUUCAAAUGCUGAUGAUAUUUUUUUCCUACAUAUUGAUGAAUUAAAAUUAUUAGCUUUGAAUACGGAUAAUAAACAAUAUGAGAAAGUAAAUUAUUGGAAACAUUUAAUUUCACAACGUCGAAUCGCAUAUAAUAAACAAAUGUCUUGUAAACGAGUUCCAUUAGUAUUACUUUCUGAUGGAACAACUUAUUAUGAUGCAACAACAAUACCGGACGAAAAUAAUAAUCAAACUGAAUUAAUGGAAGGUGAAUAUGCUGGUAGUCCAGUAUCGCCUGGUCUAUAUGAGGGCAAAGUACGAAUAGUGGAUGAUCCAUUGAAUUCUGAAUUACAACCUGGCGAAAUCUUAGUUUGUACAGCGACUGAUCCAGCAUGGACAUCACUUUUUCCGAUAGUUGGUGCCCUGGUACUGGAAAUGGGUGGGAUGCUUCAACAUGGUGCUAUAGUUUCAAGAGAAUAUGGUUUACCAGCUGUUGUUGGUGUUGCUGAUGCAAAGAAAUUAUUUCAUAACGGUCAAUUAAUUCAAGUGAACGGAUCAACUGGACGCAUUAAAGUUUUAUCUGAUUGA